AUGGCCUUCCACAAAUCAUCCCAAAACAUCACCCUCAAAGACAACCACAUCCUAACCGGAAACUGCCGAACCCGCAAGAAUGCAUGGCUGUAUUCUGAGAUCGAUCUGAAUAAGUAUCUGGGUAAUGUGAAUGGGAAAUUCCACUGGGGCGAUAACUCCUUUACAAAAAGCGCAUCGCAGGUUCAUCUAGCUUUGGAAGGAGGGGAGGGGAGGCCAAUGUUACAUGCGCAGUUGAAUGAUCGGCAUGGGGGUGUACAAUCUGCGUCUGUGGAUUUGGGGGAGAGUAUCCGGAAUGAGGGGGGUGAGUUGGUGUUUCGACCUGUUGGGUCUUGA